AUGAGCGGCGGCGGAGCUAGUGGUGGGGUUAGGGUUUCAAUCCCCGGUAGCGUCAGGAAGACGAUCCAGAACAUUAAGGAGAUCACAGGGAAUCACAGUGAUGAAGAAAUUUACGCAAUGCUCAAGGAGUGUUCUAUGGAUCCCAACGAAACCACCCAGAAGCUCCUCCUUGUCGACCCGUUUCAUGAAGUCAAAAGGAAGCGCGACAAAAAGAAAGAGAAUGUUAAUAAUAAAGAGGCAGGAGAUUCUCGGUGGAGAUCAGGCACCCAAGGGCGGGGGAGUAGGGGUGGUCGGAUGAACUAUACUCGUUAUUCCUCUCAUGAUGGAGGUAGUGGCCGAGCUCCUAUCCCUGGAAGGGAAAGUAGUACCAGCCAACCUGCUGAGAAAGUUGUUGGCUCUUCAGCACCAGCUUCCCAGGAGAAAAGUAAAGACACAACUACCCCUGAAAGUUCUGUUGCUGUUGUCGCCAAUGGUCCUAUUGGCUUAGCUUCUGGCGCUGCUAGUGAAGCAAGGGAGCCAACUGCUGCCAAUAAAACCCCUGUAGUUGCACAUGGAACUGGUGACACAGUUGUAGAGCUUGUGCCAAGCAGUAGCAGCGCAUCAGUCUCAGUGACUGCAGUAUCCUCAUCGACUGUCUGUUUCUCAUCUUCAGAUCCUGUACUAGUGCCAUCUAAUGAUUCAAGGCUUGCUGGCACAGUGGGUACAAUUAAACGUGAAGUAGGGAUCCAGCGAACUCUUGCUGAUACGAAUGCUGUUCCUAAUUCUGAGAAACCAGUUCCAGUAAAGAUUUCGAACAAACCCCAAAGUGGGGGGAAGAGUCAGUUCAGUGAAUCUUCUCAACCCGCAUCUGCAUCAGUUCAUACUGGUUCUUCUAUUAGUAGACCAUCCUCUAAUUAUGGCAGCAGGUCACAACAAGUGAUUGGUACUCAAAAAGCUGGUUCUACCAAAGAGUGGAAACCAAAGACUACGAACUCCACUGUAGCCCAGGUUUCUGGUAUAGCUAGCUCGACGGAAGUUCCUAAUGCACCAGUUGAAAGUGUUCCUCAAUCAGUUCCUCAAUCACAGCCAGCUUCAGGAGGUGAUUUGGAUGAUUUAACUUCAAACUUGCAGAAGUUGGAGCUGCCUCUUCCACAGCGACAGCAUGUUAUCAUUCCAAACCAUAUCCAUGUUCCGGAAUCAGAGAGAACCAAGUUGAGCUUUGGAAGCUUUGAUACUAACUUUGGUGUAAACUCAAGUUCUACUAGUGGGCCAGAGAGUGAGAAAAGCUCCACUCCCUUGUCCGAAGCAACACACAGCGUUGAAGAAGCUCUGGAGGAGCCAGCAGCAAGUCAAGUUGCAGUCACUGAGGAGGGAGCUUAUCCUGAUCAGCCACAGCCACAACCACAACCACAGCCACCUUCUCCUGCAACUGGCGAUUUGCAAAAUGAUGGUGAUGUUUCGGCCAGCGCAGCACCUGAUUAUAGUGAGGGCAAGCAAGAAAAUGCGCUGUCUGCUGCCCAUCCUUACUCAGGAGUUCAUGCGCCCCCAAGCUAUUUUGGUAUUGUUCAUCCUGUGAUGGGUGGCCAGAUUCCGCAGUUUGAAAGCUCGGAAUCUCAACCACGUGAUGUUUCUCGCCUGCCUAGCUUUGUGGUCCAACAGCCAUUUGAUCCAGCAAGUUACUAUGCACAGUUUUAUCGUUCUGGUGCGGAUGGCGAUGGCCGUGUUUCUCCUUUCCCGUCUCCUGGAGUUGCUACCAAGUACAAUGGGAAUGUUGCAGUGUUACCUCCACACACUUCCCAGUCUCCUCAAGAGGGCACAAAUUCAUUGGUCAUGUCUACAGGUGGCCCGACUCCCCUGGCAACUCAAGCUGCUGGGCUAAUGCAGAGCUCCCUUUCCCUGAAUCAACAACCAGUACCAGUGUUCCGUCCACCAACCGGGUUGCACAUGCCCCACUAUCCCCCAAACUACAUUCCCUACGGCCACUACUUCUCUCCAUUCUAUGUUCCACCACCAGGCAUCCAUCAGUUUUUGAGUAAUGGUGCAUUUCCCCAGCAAGCGCAAGCUGGCAAUGUGUUUCCAGGUCCACCAGCAGCAGCUGCAGCCGGGGUCAAAUAUUCACUGCCGCAGUAUAAACCUGGAACUAAUGUGGGGAACUCGACUCACAUUGGAAUGGCGAGCGGCUACGGCCCAUAUGCUUCGGCCCCAGCUGGUUAUAAUCCCGGUUCUCAAGCAGCUGGGGGAAAUUCAACUACAAAUGAGGAUCUUGGUGCAUCCCAAUUCAAAGAAAGUAAUGUAUACAUGUCUGGGCAGCAGAGCGAAGGUUCUGCCGUGUGGAUUGCUGCUCCAGGCCGUGACUUGUCAACAAUGCCAGCAAGCUCCUUCUAUAACCUCCCUCCUCAAGGUCAGCACGUGACUUUCGCUCCCACACAGCCUGGCCAUGGACCUUUCGCUGGAAUCUACCACCACCCAGGUCAAGCAGUAACGGCUGCAGGAGUCCAUCACCCACUACUGCAACAGUCUCAAGCCAUGGCUGGUGGAGUCGACAUGGGGGGACCUGCUGCCAAUGUCUACCAGCAGCAGCAGCCUCAGCAUCAACAGGUGAACUGGCCGAGUAACUAUUGA